AUUCGAUUCGACUCGACGCAAUUGGCUCCAACUCUCGCCGCUCUACAUUCUUCACUCAUCCUCAUCAGCGGGGAGAGGACUGCCUUCUUCCCUUCUUCACCCACCGCGUCCCGCCAUGUCAGAGAAGGCUUUCCUCACGCCGUCUCUCUCACCGGCCUCGUCGUCCUCCAACAAUGGCAACAACGGCGGCAACCCUCCCCCGCCGUAUCGCUUCCAUCAUCUGCCCUCAACUCCCGGCGGCUCAUUACCCUCGUCAAGACCGGGAUCACCACUUCAUGGCGGCAGUGUACCGAAUCCAGAUCAGCCGGGGACGUUCCUCCUGAAUCUGGGCAAGUACGGAGGAUACUACGUGAUCACGAUUCCCGUCACUUUUCAGAGAGUGCUGGGUAUUGCGAUUAGAAGAUGGAAGACGUUGCUCUUCAUUGGCUUGUUCGGCACUCUAGCAGCCUUUGCCAUGUUUGGGGCCAUGUGGACCGAGUGGCGGGAGAUGACCUACUACCGCGUCGAUCCAUACCCCGUCGUACCGCAGCGUUCCAACGCAAAACCGUACAAGCCGUACCGCCCGCCGUCGCAAGAAAAGGCCAAGACGAGCAUGCCCAAGCCAACGUACGGCUCCUGCCCCGGCCCUCGCGGCGGCAACCCCAUCCCUCACGCCCCUCUGCAGCUCUUUCAGACGCCCGACUCCCAUCCCAUCCCCCUCGUCGGCGACUACAAGCUCAUGGGCAUGGACCCAAAUCAAUGCCUCACCUACCGAUCGAGGUACGCCAUGUACACAGACGAGGCGUUGGGCAUCACAUAUCGCGCAGAGGUGGACGAGGAGAUGGAGAGGCAGAGACUGCGCAAGGCGGCAAUGUAUGAUGAGGACCCGGACAACUUGAAGCCGGUACAUGCGGCCGAGGGUGGGCUGCCCGUCGACCAAACGGCCAGCCAGAUCCUCAAGGCGCCCUCGUUCAACAACACCGACCCACUGAUGGGUCCGCAGAAGCCUGCAGAGAUGCCAGAGGGAGAGUGGGAGCGCUACUUGCGCGAUAGAAUGUGGCGAGCGAAUGUUAGGUCAGAGGAGUUGGGCCCGAUUUCGUUUCCGGACUGGCGAGCCUUGAUGGACGCCUGCUACGAGCAGAGGGAACGGGAGCGCGGACGAGCUGGUGGCGUGGAGCCAUUCGACCCGACGACUCAGCCGAUCGCAGACAUUAUCGAGCAGGAGAAUCAAGACGACGACAUCCCGUCCAAGUUCAAGACGACGCCGCAGACGAAGCGAACUGCACUCGUCAUGCGCUCGUACGAAGGCUACGUCUGGCGCGAGGACGACAUUCUCAACAUGCGUGCGCUGAUUGCGGAGCUCUCUCUCAACAACCCGAACACGCCCUAUGACAUUCGCAUCCUCGUCGAGGUGCACGGACGACAUCUGGCCGUGUUCACCUCGGAGUGGGACCGUCUCAACGUGUUGCGCUCAUCCGUCCCUCGCGAGUUCUGGGGCAUGGUCGAGCUCUGGACAGAAGACGAGAUGUGCGCGCUUUAUCCCGGUCUGCCAGGCAAGUUCCUCAACCACAUGAUCGCGCAGAGCUCGUACCGCUCUUGCUUGAUGGCGCUGCAGAAGUUCUACCUCGACCACCAGGAGUACGAUUUCAUCUGGAACUGGGAGAUGGACGUACGCUAUGUGGGCAACUACCUCGACUUCUUCGAGGGAGUGGAGGAGUAUGCGCGCGAGGAGCCGCUGCACGUGGGGAUGGACAAGUACGAUACUUGGUACGUGAGGAACGUGACGGCGAGCGAGUCGAAUUGGAGGGACGACCAAAAUUUGACGAGGGGACGAGGGGAGGAAGCGGACUUGAUCACGCUGGGUCCCAUCUUCGACCCUCGCGGCUCAGGUUGGUACUGGGAGUACGACGUGCAGAAUUAUCCCAAGGGACAGGGCACUCACAGGCGGGCGUCCAUCGGCACGAAUAUGCGCAUGAGUCGAUCAUUGCUGGACGCCAUGAAUGUCGUCAACGCCGAGGCCAAGAAGUCGUUACACUGCGAAGCCUGGCCCACCACCUUGGUCCUCCAUUCGCACCUCCCCUCCUCGCACGACCACUCCUUCUACCCAGAGGCAGGCUUCACGCACAACCUUCCUCUACCUUUCAAGGGCGUCUUCGCGCCGCAUCCCAUCUACUUCCGGCACUACUGGGACCCAGAUGUGCUCCACGCCCGCAUCAACCGCGCCGACUUCUACAAGAAGAUCAACGAAAAGGUGAUGCGCGACUCGAGCUUCUACUACGAUGGGAAGCACAGCAAGGAGAUCUACGUGGGGUGGAAGGAGAGGGACGACGUUUGUAGGAGUCCGAUGCUGUUGCAUCCGAUCAAGAGGGUCAACUAGGCGCGAGUGGCGCGAGUGGCGCGAGUGAGGCGAGCGCGGCCAGGCGAGCGAGCGGUGGAAGCAUCGACCCUAGACGCGCGAAGCAAGGUGCGAGCGGACGCUGAGUACGGAGGACGUCCAGCCGCAGCGAGCUCCACGCCUCGUCGGAUGACGCGCCCACGUCGCAGAGCACCCAAAGCAACACGGACAGCAGCGCAUCCCCCGUCUAUUCCUUUCCCCAUCUCU